UGGCUGCAUCGUGGAGCGGCACUUCUUUGAAUCGUAUGCGUGCUGCUCCUAGCGACGGCGCGUUGCAAGCACAGCAUUCACCUUCCAACCUCUGACUCCUGCAUUUUCUCGCUGAAUAGCGAUUUGAAGGAUACACAACGGCUCCUUACAUCUUUUUUUAACCUUUCGUUCCUAUUUUCUGGUCAAGCAGAGGACCCUCGCGAGUGAGUUUGCCUUGAUCUUUCCCACUAAACGUUUAAUGCGACUCUAAAAAAGGACAAAGCUGGUAAUUUUUUUAUCAAGCCAAAAAAAAAGGGGCUGAUCUGCGUCCGUGUGUAGAAUUAACCCAGUGCACUGGCUGGUGAUGAGGUUGGUUGUGUUGCACACCCGGCCGAGCAGCAGAGGAAUAUCGAACAACAUCACCAUAUAUCUGAAGAAGUCGAGCCAAUAAAAGGACCCGCGGGGGGAGAAAAAAGCAGAGACAAGCAACACAUUUGUGGGAUCAAGUGGGACGCUGUCAUUCCAACUACAAUGCAUCUCUUCAGUGCCAUGUUCCUACUGGUGAUGUUAGCCGUCGUGCCCUGCUGCCAGGGUCUGUACCCGAGCCCGGAAGAAGGCUGGCAGAUCUACAGUUCAGCCCAGGAUGCAGAUGGCAAGUGUAUCUGCACCGUGGUCGCACCGGCCCAGAACAUGUGUAACAGAGACCCCCGCAGCAGACAGCUCCGCCAGCUCAUGGAGAAGGUCCAGAACAUCAGCCAGUCCAUGGAGGUGCUGGAUCUACGGACCUACCGGGACUUGCAGUACGUCCGCAACACGGAGAACAUGAUGAAGGUGGUGGACGGCAAGCUGAAGACCGCCUCGGACAACCCCCGCACCGUCAACACCAAGAGCUUUCAGGAGCUGAAGGACAAGGUGACCCAGCUGCUCCCCCUACUGCCCGUGCUGGAGCAGUACAAGACGGACGCCAAGAUGAUCCUGCGUCUGCGGGAGGAGGUGCGGAACCUGUCCCUGGUGCUGAUGGCCAUCCAGGAGGAGAUGGGCGCCUACGACUACGAGGAGCUCCGCCACCGCGUGCUGCUGCUGGAGACCCGGCUGCACUCCUGCAUGCAGAAGCUGGGCUGUGGGAAACUGACAGGUGUCAGUAACCCCAUCACAGUGCGGGCUUCGGGCUCCCGAUUCGGCUCCUGGAUGACGGACACAAUGAUCCCCAGUUCAGACAACAGAGUGUGGUCGAUGGACGGCUACUUCAAGGGCCGCCGCGUGCUGGAGUACCGCACCAUGAACGACUUCACCAAGGGCCAGAACUUCGUGCAGCACCUGCUGCCCCACCCCUGGGCGGGCACGGGCCACGUGGUGUUCAACGGCUCCCUCUUCUACAACAAGUACCAGAGCAACAUCGUCAUCAAGUACCACUUCCGCUCCCGCAGCGUCCUGGUGCAGCGCAGCCUGAGCGGCGCCGGCUACAACAACACCUUUCCCUACUCCUGGGGCGGCUCGUCCGACAUCGACCUGAUGGCGGACGAGAACGGCCUGUGGGCCGUGUACACCACCAUCCCCAACGCGGGCAACAUCGUCAUCAGCCGGCUGGAGCCCCAGAGCCUGGAGGUGCUGCAGAGCUGGGACACGGGCUUCCCCAAGCGCAGCGCGGGCGAGUCUUUCAUGAUCUGCGGCACGCUGUACGUCACCAACUCCCACCUGGCCGGCGCCAAGAUCUACUUUGCGUACUACACCAACACGUCCACGUACGAGUACACGGACAUCCCCUUCCACAACCAGUACUCCCACAUCUCCAUGAUGGACUACAACCCCCGGGAGAGGGUCUUGUACACCUGGAAUAACGGACACCAGGUGCUGUACAACGUCACCCUGUUCCAGGUCAUCAAGACGUCCGGGGACUGAGGGGUGAUGGGAGGGUGUGAGGGGGUGUGAGGGGAUG